AUGGCCAGUGGCAACGGUACGUUAAGCGGUAACAGUACGAACAGCGGUUCGAGCAAGGCGAGAAACAAUACGAGCAGCGGCACGGUAAAGGAAAGUAGUAGCUCCGGCAAGAACAUCAGCAGCACAAGCAGCGGCGAGGAAAAGGGUGGCGGGAUCCCAGGCGGGGCGAGCAGCGGGACCAACGGCGGAAAAACCGCAGGUGGAAAAACCGGCGGAGUGACGAGCGGCAGCGGCGGCGGCACGGCUAAAGCGGCGUCCACAUCCGUGGGAGGGUGCGACGUGGCCAAAGGAAGAUGGGUGCCGUCACAUGAACCACCUCCGUACACGGGAUUCACAUGCACAACGCUGCGCGCGUACGAGAACUGCCAGAAGAACAAGCGCCCCGACUCCGCUUACCUCAACUGGCAGUGGCAGCCCGACGACUGCGACUUGACAAGGUUCGACCCAGCUGCAUUUGCAAGCCGCUUCAGAAACAAGGUGCUUGGCAUUUCAGGCGACUCGUUCUCCUCCAACUUUGGUAGCUCCAUCCGCUGCAUUAUCGCCUCCUUCACCACCACCAAGGUACCUCGCAAUGACAUUAUUUUGAGACGUAACCUUGUCUUUCUUUCAAAUGGAGGAUCUCUCUCUCUCUCUCUCUCUCUCUCUCUCUCUCUCUCUCUCUCUCUCUCUCUCUCUCUCUCUCUCUCUCUCUCUCUCUCUCUCUCUCUCUCUCUCUCUCUCUCUCUCUUUCCGUCUGUUUCUUCCGUUUGUCUCUUACUCUCAUCUCUCUCCCCGUCAACCCCUCACACACGCACAUGUCCUCACGUCAUCACUUGUUUCCAUGGUGCCGGCCCCUCGCCUGCCAUGUGUGUGCAGGACUUCACGUCCACGUGGUACGGGCAGGAUGUGCGUGGGUACAAGGUGCCGGGGUACAACAUCACCUUCCUCUCGCUCUCUGCUGUCUUCCUAGUUGACGCCACGCCCAUGGGUGCUGCCAAGAGCAGUGGCACCUGGAAGAUUCACCUGGACAAGCCCAAGGAGGUUUGGGCCUCCGUGCUUCGCUUCCUGGACGUCUUCAUCUUCACCACCGGCCAUUGGUUUGUAAAUGCCCCUCCCAAGCUGCGGCAGUUCUACAUGAAGGGAGUGCUUCAGAGUGACAUGAGUCCUUUCCAGGCCAUGAGCGUUGCCCUUUCCACAGUGCGGGAUUUCAUCAUCAACUCUGACUACCGUGGUGUGCCUGUCAUGCUCUCAUACUCGCCAUACCAUUACGAGGAAGCCUAUGGAGGCGACCCAAAGAAGAGCUGCAAAGGAGCACAGAGGCCGUUCACAGAUGCAGAGGUGGCUGUUGCGGAGAAAGGCACAGAAGCACUGGAUGCAGUGGCCACGCAGCUUGGCGUGUUUCAACAAGUGACAAAACCACCUGUGAAGGCAGAUAAAAGAGCCACCUUUAGGAUCAUGGAUGUGACACGGCUUAGCCUCAUGCGGCCGGAUGCUCAUUUGCAGAAUUACACUGGCGCAUCAGGUACCGACUGCUCCCACUGGUGCAACCCUGGACUACCAGAUACAUGGUCAGACAUUCUGUAUAAUGUACUGAUGUCAUCGUGA